AUGGCAAACUCGGCGGCACCAUCCCAUUCCUCGUCGUCAGGCAGCCUCUAUGAGAAGCACGACGGCACCUCAGACACUCUUGUUCGCUCAACGACCAACACGACGGAGGAUGAGGCAACGGCAACUGCCGAGGCGGCUGGCAUGCACCUCGGUCCCGAUCCGGCCACGCUUGGCGACGACAAGAACAGCGACGGCGGCGCCGACAUGGAGCGAGGCCGCCGCCGGGACAUGUCCGCCGAUGCCAAGCCCGAGGCCGGGCCCCCGCAAGCCGCCGGGCCCGGCGACUUCCCCGACGGCGGGGCCGCGGCGUGGCUCGUGGUCGCCGGCGGCUGGUGCGCCCUCUUCUGCACCUUCGGCCUCAUCAACUGCCUCGGCGUCUUUGAGAAGUACUACGUCGCCGGCCCGCUGCGCGACUACAGCAGCUCGACAGUCAGCUGGAUCAUGUCCGUCCAAGUCUUUAUGAUGAUCUUUUGCGGCACGGUAUUUGGCCGUCUCUUCGACAACUACGGCCCGCGCUGGAUGCUCUGGGGCGGUUCCCUCGCCUACGUCUUCGGCCUCAUGAUGGUGUCGCUGUCGAGCACCUACUACCAAUUCUUCCUGUCGCAGGCCAUCGUCGGCGCCGCCGGCUCCAGCGCCGUCUUCAACUGCUGCAUGUCGUGCCUCGUCACCUGGUUCUCCCGCCGCCGCGCCGCCGCCUUUGGCAUCAUGGUGUCGGGCUCGUCUGUCGGCGGCGUCGUCCUGCCCAUCAUGAUGACCAAGCUCAUCGACAGCAUCGGCUUCCCCUGGAUGAUGCGCACCAUGGCCUUUAUCUUCCUCGUCCUCCUCAUCUUUGCAUGCCUAACCGUCAGGUCGAGGUUGGCCCCUCGCCCGCGGCCCUUCCACCUGAUCGAAUAUGUCGACAGCCUCAAGGACGUCCGCAUGGCCGUCACCACCUUCGCCCAGUUUCUCUUCAUGUGGGGCAUGUUCUUGCCCUUUAACUAUGCCCUGCUCCAGGCCGAAUCCAUCGGCAUGUCCCCGUCUCUUGUUCCGUAUCUGCUGCCCAUCAUGAGUGCCGCGAGCAUCUUUGGCCGCAUCGUCCCCGGAAUUGCCGCCGACAAGCUCGGCCGCUACAAUGUCAUGAUCCUCAUCACCUUCACUUCAGCCCUCUUCUGCCUCGUCAUCUGGGCGCCCAUCAAGAACUCGGCCGGCAUAGUCGUCUUCAUGGUCAUCUUUGGCUUCUCAUCGGGCGGCUUCAUCUCGCUCUCCCCAACCCUCAUCGCCCAGAUCUCCGACAUUCGCCAGAUCGGCACCCGCGUCGGCACUGCCUUUGCCAUCCAGUCGCUCGGCGCCCUGACCGGAAGCCCCAUUGGCGGGAGCAUCGUUGCGGCCCAGAACGGCAACUUUCUCGGUCUGCAGCUCUUCUGCGGCUUCACCAUGCUUGCCGGGUCCAUUGUCUAUGGUGUUGCGAGAUACAUCCAGGCGGGCUUCAGGGCGGAGAGGAUUUAG